CGUGAGCCCGCGUCGCGCUGGAAACCCAAUUUACCUGUCAAAGGAACCGCCAAUCAUACUCGUGCCAUACGGCCAUGUUGGAGCGGGAGUAGACAGCAAUUGGGGCUCAUCCGUUCGCAUUCCUCUGCCCGUUAGCCGCGAACUUCGUCACCUAAGCCCAUCAAACGAUGCCCGUUGAAGUUAUUGAUCUUCUGUCCAGUCCCCUUUAUGCGGCUCAAUCAUGGCCGCAAGAUUCACUAUCUCAGUCAAGGAAAGUCGAAAUUGGGGGAAACAGUCGGGUUCCAGAUCUUAACUUCGUUGAUCUCACAGACGAGACUCUGGAUCGGGACUCUUGGAACCAACCCAUAGCCAGGGGACGAGUACAGGCAACCAACCGAAAGGGCCAAUUGGAUUCAACAAGGGUCAGCGCCUUGUUUCUAUCAGACGAUUUUGAUACGACUGGGGAUCUUGAUGGGGAUAAUGACUCCUUUAUGUUUGACUCGCGUGCGAGGAAGAAGCCUCGGCUCUCAAAGGGCCAAGACAUCUUGUCAUCAACGGAGCUUCCCACUAUCAGGAACACUUCUCAACCAGGUCCUUUGAGGAGACUGAACUCCGUCGCCGACCUGGACCCCAUCGAGUUUUCGGAUCCUCCCGUCAUAGGGGCAAAACCCGCCAACAAGUCUCUAGAUUUCCUGGACAGCAGUCUCUUUGCCAGUUCAUCGCCAGCACACAGGGGCAAUAGGCGAACCGAAGAUGCUGCUUCUAAACUCGUGACGAAUACCCUCCGCGACGACGACCAUCAACCUCAGCUUGCUCGAUCACCAAAACGGUCGGCAUUGUGGGAUCCCAUAUCCAGUUCUGCGCCACAACAAGGGUAUGACAAUGGCCCAACUGAUAGUCCUCCUCGCGGACUGCGUCGAACCGUGUCGGACGUCAUUACGCUCGACGAUUCAAGUGAGGAUGGCACCUCGGUCUCGGAAGACGAGUUCCCCGAUAUCACCAAGGUCAGAACCCGAAGGCAAAACCCCAAUCUCAUUCGGGGAUCAAUGCCCAAGACAAAGAGAGCCCCAAAAGCCCCAUCCGGGCCCAAGAAGAGUGCUGAGGAGAGAGCAAAGGAGAAAGAAGCACGGGAAGCCGAAAAGGAGCGAAAGAAAAAAGAGAAAGAGCAGGAGAAACAACAACGGGCCGUCGAGAAGGAAAGAGCCGCCGCGCUGGCCGAAGUUAACAAAGUCCGGACAGAUAAGCGACUUUCCUCAAAGGAGAUGUUAGUUCAUCUCCCGGCCAGCCUUCCUCAUGCCACCACUUUACAAGCGGAGACGCUGCUCAAGGAUCUGGAUGUGGAGUACCAGUCAUGGACGAGCCCUGUGGACAACGUCGUCAAAUGGAGCCGGAAGGUCAAAUCCAUAUAUAACGAGGAACUGGAUCACUGGGAGCCCGUUCCCUUGCGGGUUGAGCCUGAAAAUCAUGUAAUUGUCAUCCUCCACGCGGCCGAGUUCGUAAAGCUCGUUCUCAAGGAGGAUGGCACCGACGUCAAGGCCCAUGUCCUCGGCAUGCGGCAGCACUUCCGUGAUCAUGUUCUCAUCUACCUGAUCGAAGGCCUCACGCCCUGGAUGCGCAAGAACCGCACGAUCCGCAACCGCCAGUUCGUCUCGGCUGUCCGCAGCGGCCUCUCAGAGGAUACUCCCUCCUCCUGCUCCUCCUCCUCCGCCGGCCCACCCAGCAGCAGCCAGCAGCCACCGGCACCUUCGCGCCGCAAGAAGAAACCCAGCUCCGCCGCCGCCUACGUCGACGAGGACGCCAUCGAGGACGCGCUCCUAGACCUCCAGGUCAUCCACGGCGCGCUCAUCCACCACACGUCCCUCGCGCUCGAGACGGCCCGCCAGAUAGCCAUACUGACGCAGCACGUCUCGACGGCCCCCUACCGGCGGCAGCGCGAUUCGGCCAACGCCGCUUCGGCCGCCUUCUGCAUGGAGACGGGCCAGGUGCGGGCCGGCGACGGCGCCGGGGACACGUACCUGCGCCUGCUGCAGGAGGUCGCCCGCGUCACCGCCCCCGUCGCCCACGGCAUCGCCGCCGAGUUCCCCUCCGUCCCGGCCCUCGUCCGCGGCCUCGGGGAGAGGGGGCCCCUCGCCCUCGAGGAGCUGCGCAAGAGCGCGAACAAGGACGGCGCGUUUAGCGAUAGGCGCGUCGGGCAGGCCCUCAGCAAGCGGCUGCAUAAGGUGUUCACGGGGAGAGAUGAGCGGAGCAUGGAUAUCUGAGGCUUUGAGGGGCGUGGGGGAAUUGUUGUUGGGUUUUGAUGUUAACAUUAUAGUCGUCUCGUCUCGGGUAGCCGCCCGUCAUAUCUUCCGAAUGCCCCUUAUUAUUGUCACCACUGGUUGGUUCCUGCAUGACGUUUGUGCCACAUCAAAUUCAUCACAACUCAACCCCUGCAGGGUUCGACAGCAUCAUAUGGUCCUUUCUUUGCGAAUAAGAGUAUUGUGUCUAGGUUCUUGAUCUAAACUUUUACAGUCGUUUA